GGCCAAGUCAGCUUAGCUACGGCGCGAAUCAAGCCAGCAAACAAUCACGGCGCUUCCCAAGUCGUGCUCCGGGCUAUCCAGCACACGCUUCUCCAUACCCUACAUCCCCGUGUCUCGCCGCCGUCCUGCCUCCGUCUCUGCUGGCCCCUUACAGCCAAACACGCGGGCCCUCGUCAUGGCCGCUGUCCCUUUUCCCUAUCGUGACAUCAAUGUGCACGCUUCACCCUCCCAUUACUCCUUCACGUCUCCGUCGUCCCCCAAUGCGCCUACGCUCGUUGUAGAUCGCCCCUCGGGCGACUUGAGGCUCAGCGAUGAGAAGCUGCUCGGCACGAGGAGGGUGUCCAGCAUCGCUGGCAUACUGGGCAUCAUAAGUUUGCGCCUGGACAAGUACAUCAUCACCGUCACAAAGGCCGCCCCCAUGGGCCGUCUGAAGGGCCAUAUGAUAUAUCGCGUCGUCUCCACCGAGUUCCUUCCUCUCCGCGAGAGACCAUUGCACGACCCCGAGGAGGACACGUACCUGCACCUGCUCAAGAACGCGAUCGCCACCAACCCUAUGUAUUUCUCGUACACGUUUGACAUCACCAACUCUUUCCAGCGCCAGGCGGAAUCCAACGUGACAGACCCCAUGUGGAAGCGAGCUGACAAUCGUUUCUUCUGGAACCGUUAUCUACAAAGCGACCUAAUUGAGCUGCGACAGGGCAAGACGAGGUUCGGGCACCAUGGCGAGCUACCAGCUGUGGAUCCGUUCAUACUCCCGGUAAUUUCGGGCAUGCUUCGCAUAACCAACACGUCGAUCAAGGGCAACCCUCUUACUUUUGUGCUCAUCACAAGGAGAUCUAGGUUCCGGGCUGGCACUCGUUAUCUAUCUCGCGGAAUUGACGAGGACGGGAACGUUGCUAACUUCAACGAGACUGAGCAAGCGAUCAUUUUGAAUGAUGAUACCUCAAAGGGCACCGUCAGCUACGGCGGUGAUCAGGGUAUGCAGAAUGGUAGAGUCCCUGGCAAAGAGCCUCAGGUACUAUCCUACGUGCAGACGAGAGGUAGUGUUCCGGUUUAUUGGACCGAAAUAAAUACCCUCCACUAUACACCUAAGUUGCAAGUCCGUGGCGUGGAAACGGCGGUCAAUGCUGCUAAGCGCCACUUCGAGGAGCAGAUCAACCUGUAUGGCGAGAACUAUCUUGUCAACCUAGUGAACCAAAAAGGUCGCGAGCGACGGGUCAAGGAGGCCUAUGAGCAGAUGGUUCGUCUUCUUGUCUCAUCGCCCUCCGAAGCGGUGGAGAGCGAUGCGCGAACACGUGAGAAGUUCGACAUAAUAGAGCCGCGCAAGAGCAGGACUGAUUUUGAUCGCCUGCACUACGUCUACUUUGACUUCCACAACGAGACCAAGGGGCUACAAUGGCAUCGAGCCAAACUUCUGUUGCAGCAGCUGGAGCGACCAAUCCUCGCUGGUGGGUAUUUCCGUGGGGUUGACAUGCCCGGCCACUCGGAUGGUCGCAUGGAGAUUCGAAACAAGCAAUCUGCGGUUGUGCGCACAAACUGCAUGGAUUGUUUGGAUCGCACGAAUGUUGUGCAAAGCAUGCUCGGCCGAUUCAUCCUCACGCGCAUGCUGAUCGACCUUGGGCUGCUUAGGGAAGGCGAGGAAGUCUCCGACGACCAGGCCUUCGAGCACCUCUUCCGCAACGUGUGGGCCGACAACGCGGACGUAGUGUCCAAGUCGUAUUCGGGCACUGGGGCUCUGAAAACGGACUUCACGCGCUUGGGCGUACGGACAAAGAAAGGCGCGUUCAACGACUUCACAAACUCGGCCACACGCUACUUGAAAAACAACUUUGCGGACGGCCCCAGGCAGGACGGUUUCGAUUUGUUUCUGGGCUACUACUCACCUGCGCAGGCAAGCCCCGGAUCGGGCAACGUGUUCGUAGACCGUAGACCGCUUGCCAUUCAGGCUGUCCCGUACAUACUAUUUGCCUGCAUAUUCCUCGUGCUCGUAGGCAGCUUUGCAAGGCGGGACCCUGAGUCAGUGAUCUGGCCAUUUAGACUGCUCAUGAUUGUCGCGUUAGUGUGUGCUGGGCUAACUGGCCGGUUUGUUUUUACGCAUGGUCCUCUCUAUGUCAACUGGCCCAAACUUAACCCGCGACCGUGGGCACUGGAAGCCUACGAAGAAGCGCUCGGACGCGCUAGGCACGAACCCGUACUCAGUUCGUUCAUCAAGUCCCAUGAGCGGGGCAGGAGUAUGGCGAACAUUGGAUAUAUGGAGGAGGGCAAGAAGAGAAUCGAGUAACAUCAUUGAUCCGUAUUCGCCUCCUUUUGUGUAUUUGAAUAUCGUGUGGUUUCCUUUGUCAUGUAUCAUAUGGCGGAUUUGAGGGUUUCAUCUGUUGAAGCAUAGACAUAUCACAAGAGUGAGGCCAUGCUUGAGGCUUCAAACUCGCAAUUGAACUCAGGAAUCGCAAAGUGGAUUUGCGACAAACACGCAGAGCAACACAUACAUUCAUACGUCCAAAUCAAAC